UUUUCCUCACAGGAGGCAAACAGGCCACGCCGACAAGUCAGUCCUUUGCCUCUACUCCUAUGCUCUGCACUCUGCACCUCCCUACCUUGAGCGGCUGGAUGGAAGGAUUUCAUCAGCUGGUGGAAUCUAUGGAGACAAGGCAGGAUAUGGCAACCAUGGAUUGGAGAGAUGAUUGGAUAGACGCCCUCUCUUUGAUUUCUGAGGAUGAGCACAGAUUUACUUUUAGCAGCACGCAUGACAUAUGCAUCUUUUUGGAAAUUUGCUUUCCUUUGGAUACUAGUAAGGUGCAAAGGCCAACAGGGAAUCCAUACACCGCCAAGGCCAGGGACUGGACGGUAAUGCCAGAUCUCGGCACGAUCUGCCCCACAACGCUCGCCGCAGAGCAACCCAUCGCCUAGGCCUGACACGGCCAGAUCUCGCCCCACAACGC